AUGCUCUGGUUCAAGCUCUCCUUUCUUGAUGCUGCUCAGUAUCACAUCAGAAUCGAUCUCUCCGAGGUGACGACGAUCCCCAAACCACUAACUGGAUUUUCAGGAGAAACAACGAUGACCAUGGGAACGAUUAGGCUCCCUGUGGUAGCUGGCGGAGUCACUAGGAUAGUCGAUUUCUGCGUCACCGAUCACCCAGCAAUCUACAAUGUGAUUAUGGGAACUCCAUGGAUCAACGCGAUGAGGGCGAUUGCGGAGAGUCGCGAAACGCGCGCCGAGCCGGUAUGUGAUGCAGUGGACUCGGUGUGCAUAGACGAAGCGCGUCCAGAACGAUGCGUCGAAAUCGGAGCAAAACUAGAAGAGCCUCUGAGAAGCAAACUUCUUUCCCUCCUCAAAGAGAACAUCAACACUUUUGACUGGACAGCAGAAGAUAUGCCGGGCAUAAGCAUCGAUGUGACCCGUCACGAGCUCAACGUGGACCCAACCUUCAAACCAAUCAAGCAAAAAAGAAGGAAGCUCAGACCCGAACGAGCUAAAGCGGUUAACGACGAAGUGGAGAGAUUGCUAAAAGUAGGAUCAAUCGCCGAGGCCAAAUAUCCAGACUGGCUUGCGAAUCCAGUGCCGCACAUCGACCGGCUCGUCGAAGCCACUGCGGGAAAUAGGCUGUAA